AGCGCGACGAACCUUUCGUCGACCGCGAACGACGUCCAGCGAUGAUGGUUACACAACGGUUUCAUCGGUAACACUUGUUUCUUUAAAUGACCAGAAAGAGACAUCAGAUUUAGGUCGAGGAAGAAGGAACACGGCGAUUGGUAAGGACCGGCUCUGCUCAGGCGCACUGGGGCGUUCGUCCAGCGACUGCAAGGCCAUGGAGGCGCAACAUGGACCACGCCGGUUCUCCAAUAAUAGCGAGCUUGUGAGGCCCAUACUCGAAGAUGGCGUCAAUUUCAAGAGGAACAGCUAUGGCGCCAUACCCACCUCUGCCGGGGAGGAAGAAGCCCUCGUAGGAGGAGUCGGAGAGGAGGUCACGACCGCUGCGGGAAAAGAGACCAAACUUCUCAUCAAGUACUCAGUGCCACUGUGUGUGACCUAUGUUCUGCAAUAUAGCUUCAGCUUGAUCACGAUAUUUGUCGUCGGGCACAUCGGCACGGAUGAGCUUGCCGCUGUCUCCCUAGCUACCAUGACAGCGAAUAUCACGGGAUUGGCUGUAUAUGAGGGCCUCGCCACGAGUUUGGACACGCUGUGUGCGCAAGCGUAUGGAGGCGGAAGGAAAGAGCAGGUGGGCCUCCAUCUGCAGCGCAUGGUGCUCUUCAUGCUUCUCGUUACGAUUCCCAUUGGCGCGAUAUGGUUGUGUUCGGGAUGGAUUUUGGCGGCCUUGGUUCCAGAGAAAGAAUUGGCAUAUAUGGCGGGACGUUACCUUCAGAUACUGCUGGCAGGCGCCCCAGGUUAUGCAGUCUUCGAAGCUGGGAAGCGUUUCACGCAAGCGCAAGGACUUUUCAAUGCGUCGCUGUUCGUGCUUAUUGUCGCGACACCGGUCAACAUCUUGCUCAACUAUCUUUUCGUCUUCGUCCUUCACUGGUAUCUUCCUGGCGCCGCGCUGGCGACUGUCCUCUCGAACACACUCCUGCCAAUUCUCCUCUGGAUCUAUGUAUACUUCAUCGCCCCAUCAAGCCUGGAAUGCUGGGCUGGUUUCACCCGCGCAGCCCUCACCAAUUGGGGCCCAAUGGCCAGGCUCAGUCUUCCUGGAAUCAUCAUGGUAGAAGCCGAAUGGCUGGCCUUCGAUAUCCUUACUUUCUCUGCUUCCUACCUCUCGACAGAACAUCUUGCCGCCCAAAGCGUGGUCAUGUCUACGGCCGUCAUGAUAUAUCACAUCCCCUUCAGCACCAGCGUUGCCGUAUCCACACGCUUAGGCAACCUGAUCGGAGCCGGAGCACUUCCAGCCGCUCGCAUCGCCACACGUACCUACAUCUUUAUCUUCCUUAUCAUCGGCAUCGUCGACGCUACGUUUUUAACCCUCAUGCGACACAUCCUACCUCGCGCAUUUACUUCCGACCCCGAAGUCAUCAGAAUAGCCGCAUCCGUAAUGCCGAUCCUUGCGCUAUUCCAACUCUCUGAUGCAGGCUGCGCCCUGGCCAACGCCAUUCUGCGCGGUCUUGGUCGCCAGGAUAUCGGAGGCUACGUUAACUUGGGCGUGUAUUACCUCGUGGCUAUUCCGGUCGCGUUUGCGCUCUGCUUUGGGCCACCGAAGCUGGAGCUGGAAGGUCUGUGGAUCGGAUGUUUGGUUGGGAGCUGCUUAAUUUGGAUGAUUGAGGGGACUUAUUGUAAGGUGUCGAAGUGGCAGAGUGCGGUUGAUGAGGCGCAGGGGAGGGAUGGAGAUGUUGAAUAAAGAGAUGUGUGUCUCAUUUAGAAGGGUACGGAGCGAAGAGCUGGAGAAUUAGACUUCAGUUGCAGAAUCCACCAAGGGUGUGUAGAUAUUGGAUACGACGACGUAUGAGUUGCAUUGUGGCGUUCAGAAAGGAAAAGAAUUCGCAAAUGGUAAACCAGGUCCGGUUUGGAUAGAUUUGAAACACCGCUCACCCAAGAUAACGAAGCACAUGCUUCAAGUAGAUCCUAAUAUGUAAUCGCAUUCCACUC